UCAUCGCAGAGAAGCGCGUGCUGGCGUUCUAUGGCCGUUUCUUUCGCCCGCUCUUCUUACCCCACCCCCCUCCGUUCAAUUCGGAAUUAAGCCGGAGGGAGGGUUAAGAGCUUAUUAAUAGACGCGGGGGGGGGGGGCUGGGAGCGAAUGGGGGUGUGGAGUUUGGGGGCUGAAUUUUCGGUGGGUGGGUGGGUGGGGGCACCGGGUGCGGCACCACCGGUAAGGGCUGGGGUGACCUUGACGCGGGGGGGAGCCUGGGGAAAGAGGCUCCCCUGAAGGCGGUGGAGGGCCGCCCAGCAGAAGGAUUGAGGGGCUCUCGGAGUGCGGAAUAUUCUACCGCGAGGGCUGCGGGCAGCAGAGCUUUCGGGCAGGGGGCCUCCCCACAGCAGUUAAGCGAGUGAGGUGUGCGGAGGCAGGGAAGCAAGUAGCUUGGCGAGUCCUCCCGCUGUGGCAAUGGGCGGGGAAGGGGCUGACAUGGUGGAGGCUGGCGAAGGCGGUGAGGAGGAAGAGGGUGGGGACCGAGUGGAAGUAGUGCCGCUGCCACCCCCCCAGAUGAACGGAGGCAUCCUGGUCAGGGAGCCAGAGCACAGCAGCAGCUCCACGCCUCUGAUCGCAGUGACUGAUGUGCAGGUCGGGGAAAGUACGGUUGGUUUUCCGACUCCCGAGGAGCUCCCUGAGACUGAGGCCAUGCUGGCUCCCAUAGAACCGAAGGUGGUGCCUCGGCUGUCCAAGCGCAGGCUGGUGGUGCUGGCCGUGUUCAGCUUGUACUCCUUGGUGAAUGCUUUUCAGUGGAUCCAAUACAGUAUAUUGACCAGUGUCUUUUCAACCUACUAUGACGUGACCAGUGCUCAGAUAGACUGGCUUUCUGUGGUCUAUAUGGUAGUAUAUGUGCCUCUCAUCCUGCCUGCCACUUGGCUGCUUGACACUCGAGGACUCAGAGUCACUGCCUUGCUGGGAUCUGGCCUCAAUGGCUUGGGUGCCUGGAUUAAGUGUGCCAGUGUCCAGAGAAACCUUUAUCCGGUUACUUUGUUGGCCCAGAUCAUCUGCUCUGUAGCACAAGUCUUUAUUUUGGGGCUGCCAUCCCACAUUGCUUCUGUCUGGUUUGGGCCCAAGGAAGUCUCCACUGCCUGUGCUGUAGCUGUGCUGGGGAAUCAGCUAGGCACAGCAAUUGGUUUUCUCUUGCCACCUGUUUUGGUUCCAAACACAAAAGAUGACCUCAACCUUAUGGGACAUAACAUCAGCAUCAUGUUCUAUGGCACAGCAGCAGCAUCAACACUCCUAUUUCUGCUGACAGCUAUUGUAUUUAAAGAAAAACCUAAGUAUCCUCCAAGUCAGUCUCAGGCUGCUCUUCCAGAAGUGUCUCCAGAUACUUACUCCUAUAAGCAAUCAAUGAUCAACCUCUUCAGAAACAUUCCUUUUGUUCUUUUGCUGAUUAGUUAUGGAAUUAUGACGGGGGCAUUUUAUUCAGUUUCAACUCUACUGAAUCAAAUGGUAUUAUAUCAUCAUAUGGGAGAAGAAGUGAAUGCUGGGAGAAUUGGCCUGACACUUGUGGUAGCUGGAAUGGUGGGUUCAAUUAUUUGUGGUUUGUGGCUGGACUGCACCAAAACAUACAAGCAGACUACAUUAAUUGUAUACAUUCUCUCAUUUGUUGGGAUGGUUGCAUUUACAUUUACCUUGGAUUGUGAACGCCUUAUAACUGUAUUUGUGACUGGUGGAGUGCUUGGCUUCUUCAUGACUGGUUACCUCCCACUCGGUUUUGAAUUUGCUGCAGAAAUUACAUACCCAGAGUCAGAAGGCACUUCAUCAGGGCUUCUGAAUGCUUCAGCACAGAUAUUUGGGAUUAUUUUUACAUUGAUUCAAGGAAAACUUACAACUAUUUACAACCCACGUGCAGGAAACAUUUUUCUCUGUGCAUGGAUGUUUAUGGGCAUCAUUUUAACAGGUUUUAUCAGGUCAGAUUUGCGAAGACACAGUGUGAAUUCAGGGAUUAUGAAUGCUGAUGUUAAAUCUGUGUCAGUUGAGAGCCCUGUGGAAAAUGAACAGAAUAAAACUGCAUCAAAAAGCCAAUCUGACUCAAAAAUUUGAAAGCAAGGACCACGGAUACCUACGAGUGUCAUGUUACACCAGGCAGAAGCUGCUUAAUUGUGAGGACUUUAUGCCUGAAAGUAAUGAGGAAUCUCUGUUGCUGGUGACAAUAAGUACUGCUUACAUGUAAACUACAGGUGAACACACAAUCUAUGGAGGACAUAUUUUGACUUUAACAUGAUUAUUUAUAGUUGUAAUUUUUUUUAAAAAAAAGUUGCACUGAUGGAGUCCCUGAAUUUUGACAUUCCAUUUCUACAAGGUGUGCACUUUGAGAAAGUACAGUAAAGCAACUUGAAUGCUAUGACAAUGACCAAGAGGUUCUAAUUCAAGUCAGCACAACUAAUCUACAAUCUUCAGUCUUUAUAUUGAAAGUGUGCACAAAACAGACAGGUAUAAAUGAAAAAAGUGCAUGGAAUUUUUUUUAAACUCUAAAUAUACUGACAUUUUAAAACAGCUCCUUCCGUAGGAGGAGCAUUGCUUCUAGCACAAUACACAGUAUAAGAACAGGUUUUGAAUGUGCUAUACUGUGAACUGUAUUUGCCUUUGCUGUUGGCUUUGGAGCAGUGACAAUGUCUGUACUCUCUCUGUAUCCAGCCACCAAUCAGGAAGCUGCAGAAAAUUAUAAUAUUUAUUGGAAGUAUUUGAUAGCAGUACAUUCCAGAUACAUUAGAGUAAACAUGUUUUUUGGAUUUUGGUCUCCAAGUCUCUUAGACCUGCAUCCAUCUUGACUUUUUUUUGUCACCUAUCUAAAGCACAUGAAGAAAAGUGAGGGACAGACAUGUUUUGUAGUAUGUGAAUAGCCAAAAUUUAAGAAAAAAAUCUCUUACAGAGAUGCCUACCUGCAGCUGUUUUCCUCUUGUGUUCCUACUUGUGUGUCUAGAAUAUCAGUGCAAUGUAGAUGUAAGAAGGAAUCUGAGGAGAAACAAGUAUAAGAGUAUACAGUGGGCUCUGUCUUAUGAUCAGGAGGUAAGCAGGUUUACAAGAGUACUGUGCCUUUUCCUACUGAAUCAUGUAAAGCAUGUCUGUUUAAGGUCUUACUUGUGCCCUCUUAUGUUUUAAAUGGUGUUGCAUAUAUAUUCAGUCUGCUGUUUGCCCAUUUGAUAGAAACAUGCCCAUUAUUGCUAUCUAUGUGAAAAUGUUAGUAAAAAAUGUUUAAAUGUAUCAUUUGAAUAAAACUUGUCUGGAAGUAAGUAAUAGUUAGCUUUCGAUGUAAGGAGAAAAUGCUGCUUUUGCUGAAGCCACUGAUGCUGCUACUCUGAUUCUCAAAUAUAUCUAGAAUAUUUCAGUAACA